AUGGGGGCCCUUGACAACGUACGGCCAGAGCAGGUUGCUAGUGGCGAAGCUACCGCAACGGCACAGUCCCCCUGCGGUCCGAGGCCUUUGGUCUGUGGCUCCCUCGCGUUCCCCAACGCUUGCUCUGAUGCGUGUUACUCUAUGCUCGUUCGCCCACACGCACCACUUACGCCCAGUCACACCAGUCCAGAGAUAGGGGAUGGCUGUCUCCCAAAUAUGGACACACACCACACACAACAACAAGACUCGACCAGAACGACAGCAGCAGGGUUUGCCGGCGAUCAUCUUCCUUCGGCAGCCUCCUGCACUUUGCAGCUACCACCCGGCGUGAACCCUGUUGUCAAGGAUGCAUAG